GUAGUUAUGAACAAAUGGCUGGUUUUGUGGUAUGUCACAUGGCAGCAUAAGGGGAAAUAAACUGUUGUGCAAGGGUCUCUUCCAAAAAGCAGAUUUAAGAAACUGAACCAACCUUGAGCUCAGAGUUGACUGAUUUAACAUUGUGUCAGACAUCCAGGCUCUGCUGGAGACACAGAAAUAUAUCUCAACAAAGGUUGUAUGGAUUGCUAUGAAACAGUCGCGGUCCCCAAAGGAUGAAUCCUAAUGACUUUGGAGUACUGGAAUACGCCAGUAUGAACUGGUGCUGAGUCAAAUAAUUCCCAGUUUGAAUGUUCCACCUCCUGAGUUUUGAGCUUCAUACAGACAGAAUGGCCUUCUUUUUUUUUUAAACCUGCCCUUUGGUCCCUUUCAAGAAGUGCCCUCACAUGACUCUUCCCAUUAUCUCACUGUAAAGACAGAAACCAGGAAACUCAGUUUGUGACUGUUCUUCACUGAGGAGAGAAACACACACGGAGAAAACGAGACAACAUAUACAGUAAGGAGUACUGGGGAUGCUGGGAAUACUGAAAUAGUGCUGCUUCAACCCAGUGUUGACUGGUUGUACUUAAAGAGAUUGACCAUGAGAGAGUGGCCAUGACUUGGAGUGAAAGUAACUCUUGGGAACUUUCUAGAGCUACGACUGGCUGUUUAUGUUGAUUGCAAUGCCCGUCUGCUGCUUUUUUACUUGAGUUUCUGACAGAACAUGGCUGUUCAAUCAGCAAAAGAUUUCUCUUGUCCGAUCUGUUUUGACAUUUUCAAAAAUCCUGUUCUGUUGUCAUGUAGCCACAGCUUCUGUAAAGACUGUGUGCAGAGCUGGUGGGCAGACAAACCAAUUCCUCAAUGUCCAGUUUGUACAAGAAGAUCUUCAAAGACUGACCCACCCUGUAACUUGGUAUUAAAGAACCUGUGUGAAGCAUUCUUACAGGAACUCUCUCUAGAAGACACAGCUGCUGCAGGGUCUGAGGAUCUCUGUGGUCUACACUCUGAGAAACUGAAGCUCUUCUGUUUGGACCAUGAGCAGCCUGUGUGUAUCAUCUGUCGAGACUCAAAGACACACACCAACCACAGAUUCAGACCCAUCAAUGAAGCUGCACAGGAUUACAAAGAGGAGCUCAGGAAGGUCUUGAAGCCUUUACAGGAAAAAGUAGAGCGCCUCAGUCAACUUAAAGUUGACUGGGAUCAAACAACAGAGCACAUUAACGACCAGGCCCGGCACACAGAGAAGAGGAUUAAAGAUGAGUUUAAAAAGCUUCAGGAUUUUUUACAGAAAGAAGAAGAAGCCAGGCUCACUGUACUGAGGGAGGAGGAGGAGCAGAAGAGUCGCAUGAUGAAGCAGAGGACUGAGGCUCUGAGCAGAGAGAUAGCAACUCUUUCAGAAAUGAUCAGAUCCACAGAGAAGGAACUGAAAACUGCAGAUGUGUCAUUCCUGCACAAUUACAAGGCUGCAGUGGGAAGAGUACAGCGGCGCCCCCUGGUGCAUGAUCCUCAGCUUGCCUCUGGAGUUCUGAUAGAUGUAGCAAAACAUGUGGGGAACCUCGCCUUCAACAUCUGGAACAAGAUGAAGGACAUGGUCUCCUAUACGCCUGUGAUUCUGGACCCAAACACUGCUGCAUCACAUCUUUUUGUCAGUGAAGAUCUGACAAGUGUCAGAUGGGAAGAGAUGCAGAGACAGCUUCCUAAAAACCCUGAAAGAUUUGAUUGUUUUUUGACAGUUCUGGGAUCUGAGGGCUUUAACUCAGGAACGCACAGCUGGGAUGUUGAAGUCAGAACUGAUGCAAACUGGGCAGUGGGUGUGAUAGAAGAGUCUGCCCAGAGGAAGGGAAACAUUCAGACUGGAUCCUGGGAAAUAUGGUUCGAUAACGGUAAAUACAGAGCGUACGCUCCACCAUGUGUGGACCGAACUCUUUCAGUGAAGAACCAGAUCCGGAGGAUCAGAGUGCAUCUGGACUGGAGCAGAGGAAAACUGUCAUUCUUUGACCUGGAUACAAACACACAAAUAUAUACCUUCUCACAGACUUUCACUGAGAGAAUGUUUCCCUUCAUUAACACCCCAAGUACAGUGCCACUCAGGAUAUCACCAAUGAAAGUCAUUACACAGUUAAAUAUGUAGAUGAUUAUGUUAAUGAUGCUAAUGAUGAUGAUGAUGAUGCUCAUGAUGAUGACGAUGAUGGCAUAUCUAUUUCUUAAACAAGAAUGCUACUUAUUUUAAGGAAUCACUAUAUUCACAAUGUGUUCACUAUUCUACUCUAACCAAUCACCAGAUAUAUGUAUAUGUGUGAUCUUGCUGUCACUUUUCUCUCUUAGAAAAAUUAACAUUUGUGCUUAGAGACGCUCUACCAGUUUUACUACAAAACGACAGCUUCUGAGCCUGCAAGACAAAUUGUGUCAAAAAAAAUUUGAUAUGAUCGAAUCAAACUGCAGUCACGUUUCAUUUGCACUGGAUUACUUACAUUUUAGCAGUUUGUUAUGGAAGUCCAAUCUUGACAAUAUUGAACUGACGUGAUUAACUAAAAUUCAAACCGCUUUUCACCGCUUUGGGUUUGCAUGUUGAAAAACUAAAUCCACACAUAAACAUGCACAAAGUUAAAAUUAAGUGACAAAUCUUUUGAUAAUUAAUUUACAAUAUACUCCAAAGCGUAAUCCUGCCAUAUAUAACAAUAAAUUCAAUAGAAUAAUUGAUGGUCAUUUUGUAUGGUUUUCACAGUAAAGAAUUAAUACAGAAAAAUCAAUUAAUAUAAAAUGUAUAUUUAAAACAAUAACUUUAAUACCAAACAGACUUUUCAUUUAAAGAAAUUGCAGACAAUGUAUUUGAAAACAAAAACUGAAUCAGGCUUUUGAGUAUUGGUAAAUGUGUAGGAGUAGCAAGUGUUUCAAAUCUGCUAGUUAAUUUUGCUCUCUACAGAUCUGUCUCAGAACGCUCUUGAGUCUCAAUUUUCAGCCCUGGAUGGAGUUUUAGCAUAAUAAUUUUGUCACUGAUCAGAGGUCUCUACAGUGCAGUUGUUGUCUAUCGUGAUUCUUUAUAAGGUCAUAUGGGAGAAACCUCUGGUAGGUUGUAUUCAUAAGAACUUACAGUAGUAUUUGUUUUGUUUUCUUGGUUCCAUGCAGGGCUGAACUGAGUGGAUGCUGGAUGCUCUGGGUUUCGGUCUCUUCAUUGUGCUACAUCCUUUAUGUUUAUUUUACUGGCUGGAGAUGAUGGUUUAGGGCCUUUGUAUAAAAGGGCUCAUUUACACUCAUUUACCUAUCCUUAUUUGUAUAAGAUGUGUAUAAGGUCUUCUUGCUUUGUUUUAUCUAAUCACAUUGUAAACAUGUGAAAAACUUACAGUAAUCAAUCACCCCCUACAUGACCCAGGGUUUAAUUCUGGAAAAUGAUUAUUUUUAAUAUGUCAGAUUGUGUAUUUUACACCACAUUAUUGUGUAAUCAUCUAUGCAGUUAGUUUAUUUAGCCAAUAACUACCAUCUGUUGUGUGCUGGAUUUUAUGCAGUGUCAUGACAACUGCUUAAAAAUUCCUGAAGAUCAGUAUAUACCACCAGGUGUUGUUAUAUAUUUGGCUAUGUCAUAAUUAUUUAAUCAACCAUGCUACCUUAACUAACAUAACGCAGCUAAUAAUAAUGUGUAUCUGUACAAUGGCAGACAUCCUAGAGAGCUCUCACCACACAACUGUCCUGCAAAUGUCCUGCAGUUCAUUUAUGAAAAAUAUGGAAGGCUGUAGAGGCCAUGAUGUAACAUUAAAAUAUUUUCAUCUACUGACCACAAGACAGUUUUUGCUAUGUGAAGUUUAUUAAUUUCCGCUGAUCACACAAAAAUAAAACCCUUCCUCUAAAGUUGUUUAAAAGUAGUGCAGCUGCAGAAUGUUCUUUCAGCAGGCAAGGUAAAGAGAGACCUCUAGGAUAACUCAACUGUGUCUCAAACUGAUUUACCUUAUAGCCCCAUUUGACAUGUAUUUUUAUGUGUAUCACUGUUGUCUAUAUUUACAUUCAGUUAUUGUUUUGUACAUUAUUGUUCACAGACUGUGGAUCUGCUGGCCAGUCCAUCUCUUUUUCAUUUUAAAGUAACUACUAGUAAAUAUGUCCCUGUCAUUAUGUUUGGAAAGUAGACAAUUCAGUCAGCUGCCAUAAGUCAUUCUUUCAUUAUUAAUGCAAUAAUUAUUUUUAGAACGGUUCCUCUGUCAAAAGACAAAAGCACGUUUGUGAAAAGAUCAUAUUUACAAGUCUUAGUAAGAAGUGUUUAUGUUGAAAGAAGUUGUGUUAUAUUUGAAAAGCCACAGUGGAUUAGACAGGUUUUGUUUUUGCUUUAGUUUCAGCUGCUGCAGUGUUUUACUAUAAAAAUUCUAUGCUGCAGUCACUGUUUUGGAUUUGAAGGUUGCUUCAUCACUGAACCAACUGGAUUCUAUAAAUUGCAUUGUCAUUGUGUUUAAAGUAUGUUGUACAUUUACACAGAAAAAAAAAUCUAAAUUCAGUCCCGAGUGUUACAGUAACGUCCUUAAAGCACAGAUUAA